AUGGUGGACCUGUUCGUUGAGCACGUCCUGGUGAAGAACAACAAGGACCAGGACGAGCUGGACACACAACGAGAGAUCGUCGUGCGCCUGCAGAACCGCAUCCUCAUGGUCUUCUUUGCAUCUGCUGCAUGCCAGAGCUGCCAGCAGUUUGCUCCCACGCUCACCGGCUUCUUCAAACGACUGACAGAUGAGUUUUAUGUGGACCGUGCGGCUCAGCUGGUUCUCCUGUACAUUAGUUUGGACCAGUCACAGGAACAGCAAGAAAGCUUCCUCAAAGAGCUGCCCAAGAAGUGCCUGUUCCUGGCCUACGAGGACCCCUACAGGAGGCAGCUGGAGGCCAUGUUUAAUGUGGAGGAGCUGCCCACAGUGGCGGUGCUGCGCCCCGACGGCUCCGUCCUCAUCCCUAACGCAGUGGAGGAGAUACUGUGCCUCGGCCCGGACUGCUACCGCAACUGGCAGGAGGCCGCAGAGAUCAUCGACAGGAGCUUCAUGAUCAGCGAGGACUUCGAGGGGAAGUCCAUGCGCAGCUUGAGUGACCCAGUGAGGGGGCUGAAGUACAAGGUGGAAGAUGAGAAGAAGAAAAAGACGAAGAAGAGCAGAGGUGGAUGGAGGAGGACCAUGGUGAUGGAGACCAACAAGAGGACAAGACUAGCGGAGCGGGAGAAAGGGAGGAGAGUACAGUGGGUGCACGAGGGCGCGGAGAGACGAAAUGCGGAAGACGCAGUGAGCGAGGAGGAGGAGGAGGAGGAGGAGGAGGGAAACCGGAGGAUUGACGGCUCUCCUAACGCGGCUGGUGGUGUGACGUCCUAA